UAUGGAAGAGGAAGAAACGGGAUUAAAUGACCUCUUCGGGCAAGAUAAUAAAGAUGAUGAUGGACUAAAACCUUUAGACGACAAUGAGAAUAAUGAAGGACAAUCCAAGGAUGAGAAAAAGGAAUCCAAAGCAAAAAGAGUUAUAAAUCCGCAACCGAAACUAGAUGGGCAAAGAUUAGGUACUUCUCGGGGAUUAUCUGCCCUUCCAGAUCUAGCAAAAUCAAUGAAUUUUAGGGGGAAGGGAAACGAAAUAAAUGAUAUUCGUUACUUAAUGAUGCAAAUGGAACAUUGGGCUCAUAGGCUAUUUCCUAAGCUUACUUUUGAAGAUUUUAUAAAUAGAAUGGAGAAAUUAGGAGGGAAAAGUGAGAUAAAGUCUUGUAUUCGUCGUAUAAGAUCAGGCAUUAUCUCACCUGAAGAGGGGGACAAUAACAAUAGCGAUGGUGAUUCAAAUCAUGGAGAUACUGGAGAUAGCUCUAAUCAAUUUGCAGAAUUUCCUAGAUAUGAUGAAACGGAUACAGUCAGAAGAGGGUUUGAUAACAUGGAGAGUGAUCAAGACGUUAAUGAUAAAAUUCAUGAUCCAUUUAAACCGACGAUAGAUGCAGAUCACAAUUCAUUAAAAUCUUCAGUGGAUACUAACAAUGAUCCAUUAAAAUUUUCAAUGGAUACUAGCAGUGAUCCAUUCCAAUCAUCGAUGGAUAUUGAAGCUAAUGAAAAUAAAGCAGAAACAAAGCCAAUGGUUCUCACGGAAGAACAAAAAAGAAAAAUUCAAGAAAAACGCGAAAAAGCCCUUAAAUUAAGAAAUGCUCUCGCUAAUAGUAUUGUUUAA